AUGGCGGUGGUCUCCUAUGAAAUAUUCCAGGAAAACGAGGGUAGUAUCUCAGAGAGUAAGGAGCUAGGAAAAUACAUUUCACCGUAUGAUGUACAGGACACUAAUGAGCCCAUUGAGCUAGUUUUAAUGAAGGAGAAAGAGAGUAAACAAAGUUACAAAAGCGAAAGACAAUCAUGUGAAGUUCUAACCGAAAGGGGAUUCCAGCACAAGGGAUUUAGAAAUGCGAGCGAAAUACAUGAAUCGAACAGUAGAAAACCCCUAGUUCAAGAAGGACAAUCGCAACCGUCCUUACAAUAUCAAGGGCUGCCAAUCUUGGACCACAAUUCUGCUUCUGAACUUAGAGAAACAGGAACUUUACCGUUUGGCUUACCAGCUGCGAGAUCCCAGGAACUAUUACCAAGCUUAGCAGCGAGGGCACCAGUUACAAAUGGAAGCGAGAAUGGGGAGAAUCCUGACAUCUUAUUACAGUGUGUGAGCCAACCAACAACGAAUGGAGGCUUGCCUCACCCCUAUCCACCACCCUUGGCGGCGACCGCAGGCUCACAUUAG